AACAUCUCGAAUUUUAUAUUGCAAUUAUGGACUCACAAAUUACCAGAGAUAGCAGAGAGAGCGAUACACGUGGAAAUGGCGAAAAAGCCCUCUCUCCUCUCAGCCUUGGUCAAGAGGCCUGAAGAUGGUGCAACUACGGCGCCGGCUGAAGGGCAAAAACGUUCUCCUCCCUCUGCAUCUAUGAAGGCGCGGCAAUAAUCUCCCCCUCGUCGCUGCCCAACGUCGGGAGUAUUCGUACCGACCCACGACCCAUCCCAAGACCCAUCCCAAGACCCAUCCCAACCAGCCUGGUCUCAGACGCAUUCGGCCUUUCCUCGUCCGUUCGUCCUGGCCGCCGUCCUCACAAGCGAUAUAAUAAGCCCGGGCCGAGUCUCACUGCCUGCUUAUUGCGGACGGAGAUAGAGAUACCAUACUCUAAGUACGGAGUAUAUCCUCGAGUAAUGGCUGAGCUCGCCGUGCUCUCCAAGCCAUGCUCUCCAAGCCAUGCUGACCAAGGGCGGGCCUGCCAUGUUUACGCGCCCAACACCCUGACCAACCCGCAUACUAUGCCCACAACAGCUGGAAUAGACGCGACCAUGAGAUCGCAUGUCCUUAUUCCGGCUCCGAUUCGUGCGGCUACUCGACUUCCCAUUCACUGAUCGUUUCUCAAUGAGGUCCAGUCCCAGUCCCAGUCCCUGUCACAUCGACGUCGUCUCUCACCCAAUCAAGUCGCUGGCGGCUGCAACCACCCAGGCAGCCGCUGACAGGAAUACAUGGCAGAGGCGGCCACUGUUUCAACCUUCUGAGCUUCGAGCUGGACGGAUUGGCUCUGCCGGCGUGACGCCGCGUUCGAGGUCGCCGAGGACGUGAGUGUCGCGCGUCACUCUCCCGUUUCAUCCAUCGAGUCGAGACCGCGACGUCGCGACUCAUCUUCGAACUACAGCUGUCGUAGGAUCAAGCUUGGCCGGCGAUUGACGGCCUCUGAUUCUCCACAUGCUGCUGUCGGCUCCUACAAGUAGGGAGCCUCUUCCCCCCGGCAUGCAUGAGUUCUAAGUUCUUGUUUCCAUCAGUCUUUCCGUUGCGUCUAGUCACGCGUUUUUCAUUCUUUUCCUUCUCCGCCAGUCUCUCUUUUCAUAGAGUCAGCGCCAACAGUCACUCCUAUUUGUUUUUACUCAUUCGAACACCUGCACUUCUCUUUAAAACUUUCCUUUUCGACGCCUAUCUCUGUACAACCAUGCACUUCUACAGUGUUGUUUCUGUAUGUCUAUUAUGGUCGUCCCUCGCCGCGGCUGGCCCGCUCCCUCGGGACAGCUUUCGCAAGCUCCAAUUCCGACAAGUCGCCCCAUUUAAGAAUACAACAAGCACUACAGAUUCUGCGGCGGCUACGAUCGACGUGAUUCCCGUCGCUCUCACACAGACGCCCGUCGACACUGCAACCGCAAUCACCAGCUCUAGCGCUGAACUUUCUACCGCGUCGACAGCAACCACAUUGUCGACAUCAGGAUUUGCUAACACAACUUUGAUCUCUUCGUCCACUGCAGCCACCUCUGCCGGAGAUGUUCCAAUUAUCACCUUCACCUCCCCAACAGCAACGGCUGCUGGAGAUGGCGCAAACGCAGCCCAAACAGCAAUAGGGGCUUCCCAAACCACCACUUCUUCGAACCUCAGCGGAUCCAUUGUCGCGGGAACGGGAAAUUCCUCUAGAAUCACGCUCGUUUCGGCCAAUUCCAACACAGACGCAUCCGCCGACUCCAAGCCGACAACCGGGACACAGGUGUUCCCCUUUGAGGAGUCUCUCACGGCUACGCUUGGCGCAACAUCGACUACCGCAGAGGCAUCAUUCACCUUUUCAUCCGACCUUGGGACGCCUACCACCCCAUCAUCGCACACCACAAACGAGCCUGUCGCUAUAACCGUGUCAGGCGUGGGAGUCGCAGUACCCGUAACCCCCAGCUUCUUCACCAGUGCUACCCCCCUCCCAACCACCACGGACGCCCCCACCACCACGUCCGAUACCUCCAUAAUCAAGGUGCCCACCAUCAUCAGCGGCACACCCACCGCCCUUUUCUCAACCGCCAGCGACGCCGCCAGCAUCAGCGCCGAAAACCUCCGCCUAGCCCGGGAAUACAACGACAUCUACGCAACGCUGACGCCCGACUCGAUCUGCGCCCCAGACAGCAUAGCCUGCGUCGACGGCGAACGCGCCACCUGCGUCGACGGCCGUUACACCCUCACGGGAUGCGGCUUCAACUCGCAGCUCUGUUACGCCAUGCCACUCACACAAUCCCCGGGCGUGGUCGUGAAUUGUGAGGACAUCGCGACUGCGGAGAGGGUUCUGGGACUGCCGAAUAGCUUGAGUGUGACGAUUGGUUCGGUGCGUGUUGUGGUUCCUAGCACAACAGCGAAGGUGGUACAGGCUACUACUGUGGCGGAUGCUGCGGUGCAGUCUUCGAACUCUGAUGGGAGUCAGGGAGGGUUGGAUGAGGCGACGACGGUUUUGCACAGGACUAUCGUCUCAGCUAUCACCAUUGCCGUGUCUGAUUUCGCGCCCUCUACAGUUGUUCCGGCUGCUGAUGCUGUGACGGCAGUGGCGGUUGCGAAUGGGAGUGGGAGUCUCAUCUCUGUUGUGCCGGUUGCUGCUGCUGCUGCGGGCGGUAGCGGGGGUAAAGAGGAGGGUCCAGUGACGGCGACGGUUACGCGGUCGGUUACGGUUACGGUCACGGAGCAGUUUACUGUUACGAGAGCCGGUGUGACGGCCACGGUGACGGUGGGUUGAUUGAUAUAUUUGAUAUAUGGACUGGAAAUAUAUGUUGAAGCGUUUUGGGAUGGGAAAGAGGAGGGAAUAAUUACUUAAUGGAGGUUGUUUAAUCUAGGGUUAUCAUAUUUAGGUCUGCAGUAUAUAUAUUGGUAUAUCAUAUCUCAUAGCAUAUA